GACGAUGGCGACUUCGGGAGAUGCGUUUACGAGCGCCACGGAGCCUAUUUUCUUCCCGCCGUCUACUCCGUGUUCUUCGUCCUGGGAAUUCUGGGGAACACCCUGGUCAUCUGGGUCAUCGUUUGUGGCUUGCGACUUCGCAACAUGACGGACGUGUGUUUGGUAAAUUUGGCGGUGGCCGACCUCCUGUUGGCCGCCUCCCUCCCCUUCCUGGCCCACCAAGGGCGGGACCAGUGGAUAUUUGGGGACGCCAUGUGUAAAACGGUGCUCGGCAUCUACCACAUCGUUUUCUAUGCCGGUAUUUUCUUCAUCACGUUAAUGAGCAUCGACAGGUACUUGGCCAUUGUGCACGCCGUGUACGCCAUGAGGGCACGCACUCGCUCCUUUGGGGCGGCGGCAGCGGGCGUGACGUGGCUCGCUGGGUUUCUGUCCUCGUUCCCUGAAGUCACGUUCUUACAGACCGUACAGCAGUCCGACCCUUCCAAAGCCUCGUUCUGCUUCCCCGUCUAUACCAACCGGGACGGCACGAGCUCUCACUUCUGGGGCGUCUUCAGCCUUUUUAAAAUGAACGUUUUGGGUUUGUUUGUCCCCGCGGCCAUCAUGGCGUUCUGCUACUCACAAAUCAUCCGGCGGCUGCUCUCCAGCCAGUCGCCCAAGAGGCAGGCCAUCCAUUUGGUCCUGGUGGUGAUGGCGGUCUUCUUCGUGUGCUGGGUGCCCUACAACGUGGCGUCCUUCUUCAGAGCGCUGGAGCUGCUGCACAUCUACACGGAGUGCCAAAGUAGCAAAGACAUCAGGUUGGCUUUGCAAAUCACCGAGAUGGUGGCUUACCUUCACAGCUGCCUCAAUCCUGUGCUCUACGUCUUUGUGGGGGAGAAGUUCAGGAGGAACCUGCUCAGGUUGAUCCACAGGGCUCCGUGUGGGCUGUGUCGGCUGGUCAGGGUGGUCCUGCCUCAGGAACAUCUCAGCAGGUCCUUCAUCUCCCAAACCACCAGCCUGGAUGAGAGGAGCACUGCGGUGUAA